GCAAAAAUGGCCGUGUCACAUCAGUGGUUCGUUGAGUGGUCGUCACCGUCAGUGGUUUUCGCCGAUAUAAAUAACGGAUUUAAAAAUGUAAAUCAGCAGUGGAACAACUACAAUGACAAUUAUGGACACCAAUUUAAAGUUCCCUCGUCUAGAUCUAUGAGAGAAUAUUACAGAUCGCCAGCAUAUCCAUCUAGAUAUGGAAAAACAAAUGAUUUGAGUUUUGUCGAUAAAAAGAGAAAUAAUGUAUUCAUCGUUUCAGAUAAAAUGCGAGCAGAGAGUAUGGCUUUAUGGCUAACGAUGCUAGGAGUAACACGGCUUCAGUCGAUAUCAUCGGACACUGAGACUCCACCCUUCAACACUCUGUACAAAUGGAAGCAAGUAGACUUUGAAUUUCCGUCCGACAGACACAGACGUUACGCUAUCGCGAAUGGGGAUUUCAUUCCAGAGAACGUCUUACCGCUAGGCCUAGAGAUAUGGGGCUCUCGGAUAUGGGUGACGAUACCAAGCUGGCGAAAGGGAGUUCCGGCCACACUGGCUACUGUUUCCCGCUACGGUGGAGUGACGUCGCCACGUCUAAAGCCUUAUCCAGAUUGGAGUUUCCACAGAGCGUUUAAUAAAAAUAGUAGUUGCACUGGCUUGACAUCAGUGUUCCGAUUGAAUGUUGAUCAUUGUGGUAGAUUGUGGGUGCUGGAUUCUGGACAGAUAGAUUCUCAAGAUAGUCCUAAACAAAUUUGUCCACCAAGUAUUAUAGUAUUCGAUUUGAAAACUGACACACCUAUAUCAAGAUACGUUAUUCCUAAGCAAUACGUUCUCCAAGAUUCAUUGUAUGCAAACAUAGUUUUGGAUACAAGGAGAGAAGACUGCUCUGAUCUUCAUGCUUACAUAUCAGACACAUGGCGGUUUGGUUUACUAGUAUUCCGAGAAAGUGACGAGAGUUUUUGGAAGUUCUCACAUCAUUUUUUCUAUCCCGACCCAUUGGCGUCUAACUUUACUCUGCAUGGUCUAAACUUCCAAUGGACGGACGGAAUAUUCGGUCUUGCACUCUCACCUGUCGAUAAAUAUGAACAAAGAACUUUAUAUUUCCACUCUAUGUCAAGUUACAGAGAAUUUUAUGUGGACACAUCAGUUCUCCGUGAUUCCUUUCGUGUGAACAACAGCGCAAACGAUUUUAAAUUAUUGGGCGAAAGUAGAGGACUAUUCGGCCAAUCUUCUGCGUCUGCUAUUGACAAACGUGGCGUGAUGUUUUACGGUUUAGUGACAAAAGACUCUGUUGGGUGUUGGGAUUCAAGAAAGCCGUAUCGAAAACAAAACCUAGGCGUCAUAGCGAGGAAUAAAGAGACGUUAAUAUUUCCAAACGACAUAAAAGUUGAUCAAGAGGAACGACAAAACGUCUGGGUAAUUUCUAAUCGAUUACCAGAGUUUCAAUUAAAAGUUUUAGAUCCAAACAAUUACAACUAUCGUAUAUUAUACGCAGAUACGAUCGAUGCAGUGCGAGAAACAGUUUGUGAUCCCAAUAUUGUAUAUUAAGGUAUUUAAAUAAGUCAUUGGGGAGAAAUGUGAAUAUAAUAAAAUGUACCUGUAUCAUUUAUUUUAAGGCAGACCACAAAAUUUAUAAAACUAGUCGUAAUCUAUUCAUUACAAUACAUGUAUAUACAGCAACAUAAGAAAACAAAACAUUAAGCUAAAUACAAAAUGUAAACAGUU